AUGAGGACAAAAAGCAUUGCGAGACUGUGUAUCCUGGUGCCGUUGGUGGCGGGAUCACCAGUUUCCGCCCUUGAAACUGACCAAGCCCCGAACCACGUAAUUCAGCAGCUCCGGCAGCAAAUUGGCAAUCAGCAGCAAGCUGUCGCGGCACUCGAGCAAGAGGUUGCUGGGCUUCUGAGGGAGCUACGGUCGGGAAGGGAAGAAUUUCAAGCUGGCGCCGGGGGUGGCCUGCGGUUGGAGAUUAACUAUCCGCAUCCAGGGGGCGCGGGCGCCGAAGCUUCCAGUGAGGCAUUUCCAUGGGCGCGAGAGGAAGAGGCAGCAGCUGGGCCCAUUCCUAUUAUGGUCGUUAAGCCAUCAUCCGUGGCCGAUGUGGAGAGUGCCAUGACGCAAGUCAUGGAGCAAGAGGCCGCAAUGACUGGCGUGAGCGAGGCUCAAGUCAACGCCCCGAUGCCUUUCCAAGUAAAGUCACCUGAACAGCAACUCGAUGAUGCAGUUGCGGCUAUUGACAAACUGGAAGCGGAAAAAACUCACUACAAAUACGACAUCGAGAACCUCCAAAGAAACUACGCCGCCUAG